CACUGUGACAUAGGUGCAUGCGGAAUCAACUAUAAAAUGGAGGUCGAAUCGAGAGAAACCGGAUCAUAUCUUUCAUCAAAUCCAGAGACGGAUCCAAGUACAUCUGAUAACAACACCCUCUGUGACAUUUAUGAUGAAAAUGGAAUUGACUCUGAAAAAGACGCUGAAAAAGGAACAUUUGAAGAACUAAUCCUGAAGAAGGUGGGCGAAUUCGGAGUUUACCAAAUCCGCCUUUUUGCUGUUUUGACUCUGAUGGACAUUCCGAGCUAUGCUUGUAUGGGCUUGUUUAUCUUCGUCACUGCUAGUCCUGGUUGGCAUUGCGGAAGAUUUGCGGGUUCGAAUUCUACAUUUAAUGGCACGUGGCCUAAUGGUACGGCAGGGAUGUGUAGUAUGGAUGGGACACCUUGCGAAGAGUAUAUCUUCAACGAUGGGUUCACUUCAAUGGUCACGGAUUGGAAUCUUUUAUGCGACUAUGCCUACAUUCCAAAGAUGACGGUCAGUAUUCAAAUGGCCGGGGUCCUGAUUGGUGCCAUCCUUGGCGGGCAGGCCGCGGACACCAUCGGGAGGAAGAAGACACUAUUGAUAUCAGCCAGCGUCAUGUUCACACUGCAGUGUUUACUCGCAUUGUCUAACUCAUGGCAGCUCUACACGGCGAUCUCAUUUAUCAAAGGGAUGUUCUUUGCCGGAUCGGUCGGUGUUUGCUACACCCUCCCGAUGGAGUUCAUAGGAACAAGGUACCGUACGCUGGUCGGCUCGCUCGGGGCCUGGGCUUUCGGUGGUAUGUUGAUGGCCCUGAUUGCGUGGCAGGUGGUAACGUGGAGGUACAUUGCUUUGGCUUCCGGACUCUUGGGGGCUCCCUUGAUACUUGGAAUUAUUUUGUUCGUCCCGGAGAGCGUCCGCUGGCUCAUCCAGAAAGGUCGUUUCGAUGAAGCAGAGAAGAUCAUACGGGAGAUGGCCCGCGUGAACAAGCGGGAGGUCCCUGACAUGUCCGUGCUGAAGCAGAUAGCCAAAGAAGCUCUGAAGAGGCAGAAAGAAGAGGGUCAGUACAGUUACCACGACCUGUUCAGGACGGCGGAUAUGGCGAAAAGGGCGUCAGUCAUCAUGUUGACUUGGUUCACCUGCAGUUUGUUUGCCUACGGGAUCAGCAAUAUGUACGACACAUUCUCUGGGACUAUCCACGCCAAUUUAUGCAUCAGCUCCACCGUGACCAUGUUUUUCACUUUGUCCAUCAUCCCCUGUGCUGAUAGAUUUGGUCGCCGUAAAACCUUCUUCGUCUACAUCAUGGUCCCCAUCGUUUGUCUGACCGGCAUCAUUACCAUCGGGGCCCUUGGGCUGAAAUGGCAAGUCCCAGAUCUUGUCACUUCUAUGGCCCUGAUCGGGAUGGGGGGCAUCAUCGCAGUGUGGUGUAUCGCCGGCAUCUGUGUGAGCGAACUAUUCCCUACACUACUGAGAAACAUAGCGAUGGGUGCAUGUGGAAUGGCGGCAAGAGCGGGAGGUAUUCUCGCGCCACAAAUUGCAUUGUUGGGUCAGAUCAGCCACUGGACUGUGCCGUACAUCAUCAUCGGGCUGCUGUCUAUACUCUGUGCUGUCCUCUUCCUAGUUGUCCUACCGGAGACCAACAAGGUCCCUCUCCAGGAAGAGAUGCCCCCGAGACGGAGGAAGAAGCAUCAACACGUCGAGGAGAAUCGGAUAGAAUUGACUGAACCAUUAAACCAGGAGGAAGAGAAGAAGACAAAUGGGCACAUUGGAUAGAACGGCGCCUGCUGUGAAGACACGUCUGAGCACCACAAACGGUACAGCUGGAAUAGUAGUGUCAUGUUGCAGGACGCCAAAAUUCAAAAGUACAUGUAGUUAUUAAUCAUGUUGAGUACUAGUGAAUUGUCCAUGUGUUAAUAUGUUAUGCUAUUCAUGUUGUUGCAAUCACUUAUUCAUGGUCCGAGAAAUAAAAUUCAUCCCUUUCUUCA